UGCUGCAUCGGAUAAGCGUCUUAGAUCUGCCCGUGAAGCCACUCAUCAAAAAAAUCUCUGACUCCUGUGAGUGGGGAAAGAGAGCUACGCUACGCAUCAUAAAAGUUACCUUUGCUCCACUUUCCCUUCUUUCACUCUGUACUCUUUUCUUCCAUCACCAUCAAUGUUCUCUUUCUGAUUCCACAUCCAGCGGUCCUGAUUUAUUAUUACCCCGCUAACUUGGGUUCAAUAUACAUCAUUCUUGAGAGAACAGUGAAAAUUGCAAAUGGGGUCUCUCUCUUUUUCUCUGUUUGUGACCAUUGCAGCAGCUUCGGGAUUGUUAUUCGGAGCAGAAUCAAAGACAUAUUGGGGAGAUGCUGAGGUUCUGAAGGAGCUGAAGAAUGGCCUGGACCCUCGUUCCGUGACUCCAGGUUCAUGCGUGAGCUCGUGGGAUUUCACGGUCGACCCAUGCGACAACCUUUUGGGCGAGAAAUUCACGUGCGGUUUCAGGUGCGACGUUGUCGUGUCGGGGCUGAGCCGAGUCACGGAACUCAGUCUCGACCAGGCGGGUUACUCCGGGUCACUUCCCUUCACUUUGAACCUUCCUUAUCUCGAAACACUCGAUGUCUCAAACAACAACUUCUCAGGCAACAUUCCUGAGUCUUUAUCAAACUUAACUCGUCUCCGUCGACUCGGUUUGUCGACGAACUCGUUCUCCGGCGAGAUACCCGAUUCCGUUGGGUCACUCUCCAACCUUGAAGAGCUAUACCUCGAUAACAACAACCUACAAGGAACAAUCCCAGCCAGUUUCAACGGCCUCGUGAGCUUGAAAAGACUCGAACUUCAAUCCAACAAGCUCAAUGGGCACCUUCCCGAAUUGGGUUCCCUCAUAAACCUUAAUUACCUCGACCUCAGCAACAAUGCAAUCACAGGAUCAUUACCAACUUCACUACCCGUUUCCUUAGUUCAGAUCUCAACGAGGAACAACAACUUAAGCGGUGCCUUAACAUCUGAAAGCUUCAAGAAUUUGAUGUACUUGGAGGUAGUGGAUUUCAGUUCCAACCAAUUCAGUGAUUCAGUUCCUUCUAUUCUGUUUGAGCUUCCAUCUCUGCAGCAAUUGACACUGUCCUUCAACCAAUUCUCAUGGAUCGAAGUGCCCUCUUACACCCAAAGCGAGCUCAUAGCGGUUGAUCUGAGCAACAACCAGCUUCAAGGGGUUUUGCCCACGUUUUUAGCACUGAUGCCAAAGCUUUCAUCUUUGUCCUUAGAGAACAACGAGUUCACUGGUCUGAUACCCAUUCAUUAUGCAUUGAAGACAGUUUUUCCCGAAAUUGGGAUCUCUCCAUUCGGUAGGCUUUUAUUGGGGGGCAAUUACUUGUUUGGAGGGAUACCCCGUCCUCUGUUAGUGCUCAAACCUGAUUCUGCAAAUGUGAGCUUAGUUGAUAACUGCUUGUAUAGGUGCCCUCAUAUUUUCUUUUUCUGCCAAGGUGGACAACAGAAGUCAUUGGCAGAAUGUAAGGGAUUUAGCCCUCUCAUCCCUUAGAUCAUCAUCAUCAUAAAUGGUUUGAUU